CGAUAAACUGACAAAAUGAUUUGUCUUCGACGAACAUUGGUCAAAGUGACACCAUUAUGGAAAAUAUCAGUAAAAUCAUUGAAAAUUGUAUUGGAUCGUGAAAAUGCAACCUAUUUUGGUGGUGAAUCAAUAACUGGUUAUUGUAAAAUUUUAUUAAUCGAUACAUUAGAUGUGGAUAAAAUAAGAAUAAAAUUUUUCGGCCAGGCAAAAACUUAUCUGGAAACAAAUAAAAGUCGUACAGCGAUCGAAUGUCAACCAUUAUUUCAACAAUAUUUUCGACCAAAAGAUCGUAUGUCAUUUCGCUUAAUGAUACCGAUCAAUAUACCAAGUACAUUUCGUUAUACAUUCGAUAGUCAUAUUAAAUAUAAAAUUAAAGCUAUAUUUGGUUUAACAAUCAAAUUUAUUGAAAUAAUCAUUUUAACUAAUCCAAAUACUUCUAUUAGUACAUUGUUGAUACCAUUUUGUGAUACAAGAAAGAAAAAAAUCGGUAUAAUUCGUUCACGUUUAGUUACAUUGAAAUGUCAAUUACCAAGAAUUGGUUUUACUGUUGGUCAAUUUAUACCUGUAAUGUGUUCGAUUGAAAAUAAUUCAAAUAAAAUUUUAACAUUAAAAGCAAAACUUCGUCAGCAAAUAUUUUUAAUGGCAUUAUCCGAACGUAAAGUUUGUAAUCGUAAAGUAUUAAAAAUGAUUGGACCAAAUAUUAAAUCAAAUUCAAAAUUUGAACAAAUUUUAAAUAUAACAUUACCAGAAAAAUUACCAAUUGUAUAUGGUACAUGUCAAUUAGUACAUAUUAAUUAUAUAUUAGAUAUUUAUCUAGAUAUACCAUGGUCAAUAAAUUUACUUUGAAAUCAUGAGCUUCCAUUUCAAUUUGUCAUACCAAUCAAUCUGCCAAGUUCAUUUCAAUAUAAACGAUGGGCAUUUAUUGAAUAUCGCCUUAAAGCAAGUGUCGGUGGUAAAACUAAAGAAUUGGACAUUCAAUUAUUGGGAUCACCUUCGGUUUCUCCGAAUGAACUUUAUUCACCCGUACAAGAUGAUCAAUCUAAAACAGUUGGUUUAUUCAAUGGGAAAAAAUUAACAAUGCGUUGCAAUAUACCUCAAGCUGGAUGGACAAUGGGCAGUACUAUUCCUCUUACUUGUUUUAUUGAUAAUUAUUCGGAUAAAUUAAUGACAUUAAGUGCAUCGAUUAAACAAGAUAUUCAAAUAUCAGCUUAUAAUAAUCGUGAAACACAUCGUGAAAAAAUUCUAACAACAUUUGGUCAACAGGUUGCAGCCAAUCGUAUUGGUGGCCAAUAUCAUAUACAAAUUCUUUUGCCAAAAGCAUUACCAGUCAUUCAUAAUACUUGUCGUGUAAUACAGAUAAAUUAUUAUAUCGAAGUUAAAUUGGAUAUUCCUUUAGCAAUCAAUCUUUAUUGCAAAUUGCCAAUAAUUUUGACUAAUCAACAGUUGAAUCAGCAGCAGCAACAACAACCGCAACCAGUACCGAAUUUUUAUCCACAACCAGGACAACAACAACAAUAUUCAUUUGGUCAACAACCUGGUUCUAAUCCUAAUAUGAUGAUGUAUCCACCAAUUCCAGAUCCUAAUGCUUGUGGUGGUGGUGGUGGUGCAAUUCCAUCGGCACCACCAAUCGGUUUCAAUGAAGCACCACCACCAUAUUCUGAAAACUAUGGUAACAAUUCACAACCAAUAGCACCAUAUCCAAUUCUUCCAAUGAAAGAUUAAAUAUUUUUUUCAAAUAA